GCCCAAAGAUGACGUGUUCUUCUAGCGCCACGUCGUGAGGAAGUGCCGGCCCACUGAAGCGGUGGGGACGCGCCCAGCGGAGCGAAUCAGGUGUCACUGAACUGAAGGGGUGAACUAGAGGAGAAGAGGGUGACUGGGCGGGGAGAAGCUGCGGGAGAAGCAAAGGGACGACUGAGGGAAUAAUCAGGAGACCACUGAGGCGUGAAGUACCGGGGGUGCGAUAACUGAAGGGCUGGCUGGUGUUUGGUUGUUCUGGAGUGAUCUUCUGACUGGAAAAGAACUAUGUCAUGGAUCAAGGAAGGAGAACUGUCACUUUGGGAGCGGUUCUGUGCCAACAUCAUAAAGGCAGGCCCAAUGCCAAAACACAUUGCAUUCAUAAUGGAUGGGAACCGUCGCUAUGCCAAGAAGUGCCAGGUGGAGCGGCAGGAAGGCCACUCACAGGGCUUCAACAAGCUAGCUGAGACUCUGCGGUGGUGUUUGAACCUGGGCAUCCUAGAGGUGACGGUCUACGCAUUCAGCAUUGAGAACUUCAAACGCUCCAAGAGUGAGGUAGACGGGCUUAUGGAUCUGGCCCGGCAGAAGUUCAGCCGCUUGAUGGAAGAACAGGAGAAACUGCAGAAGCAUGGGGUGUGUAUCCGGGUCCUGGGCGAUCUGCACUUGUUGCCCUUGGAUCUCCAGGAGCUGAUUGCACAAGCUGUACAGGCCACGAAGAACUACAACAAGUGUUUCCUGAAUGUCUGUUUUGCAUACACGUCCCGUCAUGAGAUCAGCAAUGCUGUGAGAGAGAUGGCCUGGGGGGUGGAGCAAGGCCUGUUGGAUCCCAGUGAUAUCUCUGAGUCUCUGCUUGAUAAGUGCCUCUAUACCAACCGCUCUCCUCAUCCUGACAUCUUGAUACGGACUUCUGGAGAAGUGCGGCUGAGUGACUUCUUGCUAUGGCAGACCUCUCACUCCUGCCUGGUGUUCCAACCCGUUCUGUGGCCAGAGUAUACAUUUUGGAACCUCUUCGAGGCCAUCCUGCAGUUCCAGAUGAACCAUAGCGUGCUUCAGCAGAAGGCCCGAGACAUGUAUGCAGAGGAGCGGAAGAGGCAGCAGCUGGAGAGGGACCAGGCUACAGUGACAGAGCAGCUGCUGCGAGAGGGGCUCCAAGCCAGUGGGGACGCCCAGCUCCGAAGGACACGCUUGCACAAACUCUCGGCCAGACGGGAAGAGCGAGUCCAAGGCUUCCUGCAGGCCUUGGAACUCAAGCGAGCUGACUGGCUGGCCCGUCUGGGCACUGCAUCAGCCUGAGUGAGGCUGGCCACCUGCCACUUUGCCCUGCCCUCUGCCUCCAGGGCUCCACUCCCCUUCCUUUUCUUGGUGAAAGGCACCUCCUUUCCUGAUAAUGAAUUGUGUUCCCUUUGCUUGGCUGGGGAGCCCCCCAGGCCAGGUCUGCUGGCCAUAGAUACCUUUGGGCUGCCAGGGACAGGCUCCUGAGGAGGAUUGAGGGUGAAAGUCUCCCACGAGUACACUAAACCUAGGUCUGGUCACCAAUAGGGUUUGGAGAGCAAAGGGCCACAACUCUUCAGCUGCCUGUCUCUUAGAUGCACUUUCUUUUUCCACCAGCACAUCCUUCAACACACAGAAUUUCAGGGAAGAGUUCUCCCCAAAACCCUAGCUCUUUACCCAUCCAUUUUAGCCUUCCACCCAGCUUCCACAAAAGAUUUGGCUCUACCUUGGAUCUGCUAGUAAAUAACUAAUAGGCAGCCAGUUAUUUGGGUAAGGAAAAAAGGGGCGGGAGAGACAGAAAAUUUGCCCAUCUGCUGCUCCUCCCCCUUGGCUCUCCACCUGGGAUUUGCUAUUGAAUCUCUACCCUCUCCCACCACGCAGUACUGAUUGCUCACUGAAAGCCUCAGCACCCGCAAUGGUGCACAGAAGCCAGGCGGGCGAUUACAAUCCAAUUACCUAUUGUCGACUCAGCCCACACAAGCUUUUCUCCUCCUCUUGCAGGGCAUGGGGCCAGGCUCCACUCCCAAGUGAGACUGGCCCCCUCCAUGGUACAGGGUAACAGAAGGGCCUGCAGGCCCUGGUGAAUCGAAUCCAGCACAGGCCUUCUCCCCUGUAACACAACAGGACUGAGCAGAACCAAACACUUCUUCCAACUGACUCUGCUCCCUGCCCUCACCAUCUCAAACUCUGAUUCCCACUCCACUCUUCGAGGUUUCUCUCAGCUUUUUGACCUGGCUCCCUAAGUAGGCCCCUAGAUGAUUUAUUCUUGGCAUGGCAAAGCUUGUUCUAGGUCCUCUGCUUGUGAGGGUCAAAGCUGUGUCCUUUCCCUUACCUCCCUCUGCCAGGACUUGCUGCAGAGCUGCUGAGAGGAUUAGUGCCUUUGAAGAGCUGUCUGCCUGAGCAACUCUAUUUCAGGUGCCCCACACCGGCAAGUAGCAGCCAGCAACACCAACCAAAUGCUACUCUCUUUAGUAAAGUCCAUUUUACUUUUUUUUUUUUUUUUUUUUUUUGAGACAGCAUCUCACCCUGUCCUGGCUGGUCUCGAACUCCUGACCUCAGGUGAUCCGCCGGCCUCACCCUCCCAAAGUGCUGGGAUUACAGGCAUGAGCAACCGUGCCAGACUUCCCAUUUUACUUUCUGCAAGCUGUUUCCCUAGCAGCUCCCUCUAGGGGAGAGGUGAAAUCUUGCAAGCUGUAGCAAGAGCACACAGGAAACCCCUAACUUUCCUAUGCCCCACCCCCCUCUUCCCCUUUCUGUCCCGGGAUACCUGGCGGCAAGAGACUUCUUGGCUAUUGUCCAUGCUCCCAGAAUCAAGCAUAAACGCCAGACACGGCGAUUGAGAAGCCAAUCAGUGAACCCUUUGGCAAAGCCCCCAUCCACACCUGGCACUCCCCUCUACCAAUCCCUGGCACAGGGUUCCUGGAGAGCAGGUGCUGUACAUUUUCCAGCUUUACAAUGGGGCUGUUGACAGCCAUAAUUAGGGAGGCAUGAAUUAUGCGGCUAUAAUGCAGAGCCCUACAAUUAAGGCGGGAAUGAGGGGCUGGAGGCAGCAAACGGAAUCUGCCCUAUGAGCGUGGCUGUUGAGUCCUGUCUCCUGGGUCUGACUUUCCGUAAUAUGACUGGGGUACAGUAGAGGUGAUUAAUGGGGCUGGCAUCUCUCUUUGGCCUGAGGUUCUGUAUUCUGGGAAAGGUACACAGGGUGGAGUAGGGAGAAGCUGCCCCAGGAGGCGAUGUAGGGGUGGAAAGAAGAGGCAGAGAGGUCGUCGUCGUCGCCCAGCAGCAAGGGCUGCAAAAUAGAACUCGUGGUUGCUUUGGACAGGUAUGAUUUGUAGAAGCCAGGUUCAACCCUUGCCUCAAGAAAUCAGAUGGGACCAAUUUAGUGUCCUUCCACCUGUGAGCCAAGCCCCCAUCUGAGGACAUCUAUCGUAUUGUGUUCUGGGUCUCAAAUAGAAUUUUUAAAGAUUCUCAGAUGUAAAA